AUGGCCAGCACAUACACCGUUUCUAAUUAUAUUCUCGACCGGCUGAAACAGCUGGGCAUCGAACACUUUUUUGCUGUACCCGGCGACUAUGCCUCCAUCUUCCUGAAUACGCUGGAUAAUGACCCGGCCAUUACCCGUAUCCCCAAUAUUAAUGAGCUGGGUGUUGGUUAUGCAACAGACGGCUACGGCCGGUUUAAAGGCGCGGCUGCCUGCAGUGUACAAUACGGCGUAGGUACGUUCAGUAUCCUUAACUGUUUUGCGGGCGGACUGGUGGAGCGGGUGCCGAUGGUAUUGAUCGGGCCUACGCUGAGCACUAACUCCAUUAAGCUUGCUCAUACCGAAGGCAUCUUAUUUCACCACGCGACCAACGAUCUCCAGGCCGAUACCGAAGCCAUGAAAGUAGCAACUGUGGCCUGUGUAGAAGUAUCGGACGCAGCACUGGCUCCGGAGCAGAUAGACUUUGCACUGACGGCCAUGCUCACGCAUAGCAAGCCCGUUUACAUUGAAGUGCUGCAAAACAUAUUUGGCGUGGAAUGCGCUCAGCCGGUAGGCACCCUCGCAGCGGUGCCGCUGAUCAGUGAGCCACCCAACCUUGAAGCCGCAUUAGAAGAAGCCUGGACAAAGAUCAACACGGCGACACUGCCUGUGCUUUGGGCCGGG